UACAGUUGACAGAAAAUUCGGUAUGAACGCGUCGUGUAAUUUUUUCAAAGAGCCGGAAUAAAAAAAAACCCGUACUCACCUUGUUAAACUAGUGCUUAAUAGACCAAUAUAAAUAAAUAUAAAUAUUGGCUUAACUUGGUUAACUGAGCAAUUGCAAAUAUUUUUGAGUCAGUUCGCAAGCGCACAGACUCAAGGGGAAAAAUAUAUGAGAACAGGAACUCUUAGGUUGUCACCGCGCAACUGCAAUUGUAUUAGUGAUACCGACGAUAACACAGGCGCAAUAUUGAGUAAAACAAAACAUACAUUCCUGUACAUUCAGUAUUUAUGCAAACAUUGUGAUUUAAGAAAGUACGUUUACAUAUUUGUGCAUUUCUAUAUCUAUGACUCAGCCGAGGCUUGUGAAUUGACAGACAUAAGUUCAAAAAUAAAAUUAUGUUGAAGUUUAUACGUGGAAAGGGUCAACAGCCAACAGCUGAACGACAACGACUGCAGAAGGAGCUCUUUGCAUAUCGUAAGACCGUUCAACAUGGCUUUCCGCAUAAACCCUCUGCUUUGGCGUACGAUCCGGUUUCAAAGCUUAUGGCUAUUGGAACACAGACUGGAGCUCUCAAAGUAUUCGGUCGACCCGGUGUAGAGUUAUAUGCACAACAUACCGUGGUCAAUAACUCAGCAUCUGAACUAAACGUUCAACUACUUGAGUGGGUUUAUGGCACUGGGCGUGUUCUCUCGUUAACUGCAGCCAAUCAACUUAUAUUGUGGGAGCCCGUGGGAACGACGCUAGUGCCAAUUAAAACUCUUCCCUUCGAUUUUUUUUUAAAAAAAGUAUCUUCAUUAUGCUGCUCACUUAAUAAAGAUCUUGUGUGGAUCGGAACCGAAGGAGGCAACAUAUAUCAGUUCGACUUAAAAUCGUUUACUAUACGUGAACCUGUCAUUUAUCAUGAUGUGGUGUUGGAACAAGUACCAUCAACUUACAAACUCAAUCCAGGUGCUAUAGAAUCAAUACGCCAACUGCCAAACGCACUUAACAAACUACUCAUUGCUUACAAUCGCGGACUUUGUGUAUUAUGGGACCUGGAACAGUCGGCUGUUGAACGCGCUUACAUUGCGCCCGGUCAUGGCCAAAGUGUCGGCUUGUUUAUCAACUCGACUGGCACAGAAUUCAAUUGGUACCAUGCAGAUGGCUCUUAUGCCAGUUGGGUCAUAGCCAGUGGAGAACCACCCAAAAAUGUAAACUAUGUUCCUUAUGGUCCAGACCCAUGCAAGAGCAUAAAUAGGCUUUAUAAAGGCAAGAGAGGAGCUAAUGAUGUAAUCAUUUUUUUUUUUUUUAUGCCACGCUCAGCUUAUGGUGAUCAUAACUGCGUUUCAGUUCACGGCAGCGACGGGAAAAAGGUCUGCCUUGAUUUUACGUCCAAAGUCAUUGAUUUCUUCGUAACAUAUAAGGAAAAUAGUGAUGACCUACAAGUGCUUGUUGUAUUGCUUGAGGAAGAGUUGUGCGCGUAUGAUCUCACUGAUGCUAAAGUUCCAGCAGUCAAAGCGCCUUAUCUGCACUCGGUGCAUGCUUCAGCCGUGACUUGUAAUUAUCUAGCCUCACAAGUCUCACAAGCUGUGUAUAAACGCAUUUUACUCGCUGGAGAUGAACAAGACAUUGACUAUAGCAGCAUUGACUGGCCCGUAACAGGUGGUGUACUACCAGAUGAACUCGUAGACUCUUCUGACGAAUCAAUGCAAGAAUACGAGAUCCUUUUAACUGGUCACGAAGACGGUUCCGUUAAGUUCUGGGAUUGUUCUGGAGUGCUUCUUAAACCGAUAUAUAAUUUUAAGACAGCAAAUAUUUUUGGUCAUGAAAAUCACGACGACGCAGCUGUAAUUGAAGGCAAUGAACAAAUUGAUGAAGGAGAACCACCAUUUCGCAAAUCGGGUCUAUUUGAUCCAUAUUCAGACGAUCCUCGCUUAGCAGUAAAAAAAAUUGCGUUGUGCCCCAAAACAGGUCAAUUGAUAGUAGGGGGCACAGCAGGACAAAUUGUUAUAGCUGAUUUUAACGGUGAUACCGCGGAGCGUGGUGUAUUAAAGUUCAGCUCUAUGAACUUGGUUAGUGAUCGUGAUGGUUUUGUAUGGAAAGGCCACGAUCAGUUGAACGUCCGUCCAAAUUUAUUAGCUGAAGAUGCUGAGCCAAUAAGUGAAAAUGGCGUCAGCAUAACCGGCGUGUUGCAAGUACUUCCACCAGCAAGCAUUACAAGCCUAGCGUUAGAAGCUAACUGGGGAUUGGUAUCCGGAGGCACUGCGCAUGGUUUGGUGUUAUUUGAUUUCAAAAACUUUGUACCGGUGUUUCACCGUUGCACAUUAAAUCCAAACGAUUUAACUGGUGCCGGCGAACAACUCUCGCGUCGCAAAUCCUUUAAGAAAUCACUUCGCGAAUCGUUUCGUAAAUUGCGUAAAGGAAGAUCUACUCGCAAUAAUCCCACCAAUCAUGUGCCAACUACAUUGGAAGCGCGUCCUGUUGAAAGACAAAUUGAAGCGCGCUGUGCUGACGAUGGGAUGGGGUCUAUGGUGCGUUGCCUACUCUUCGCUAAAACCUAUAUUACGAAUGUUAAUAUAACAUCUCCAACUUUGUGGUCUGCCACAAACGCAAGCACUGUUUCGGUAUUCCUUUUACAUUUACCACCAGUACAAACUGCAGCCACCGCUGGACCACCUGCUAGUGGCAAUGCAACACCACAGACACCGCGUCGAAUAUCUGCACAGCUAGCCAAGGAAAUUCAGUUAAAGCAUAGAGCACCGGUCAUAGGCAUUUCUAUAUUUGACCAAAUGGGAUCCCCUGUUGACCAGUUUAAUUAUGGGGAAAAUGGUACUCCACCCCAUCGUGUUCUUAUUGCUUCAGAGGAACAGUUUAAGGUUUUUUCGUUACCCCAGUUGAAGCCUAUCAACAAAUACAAGUUGACGGCUAACGAAGGAGCCCGUAUACGCCGCAUACACUUUGGCUCAUUUAGCUGUCGUGUUUCUCAUGAACUUUUGCAAAGCAUAAAUGGUACCAGUCCAACGAAAUCUGCGAGAUCUCACGAAGGUGGGGAUGGAGUAGCAAAUACAAGUCUAGGCUCAGCUGCGUGCGAUAGUGAAAUCUAUCAUGAGAUGGCAUUAAUGUGUUUAACUAACAUGGGCGACAUCAUGGUAUUAUCAGUGCCAGAAUUAAAGCGCCAAUUAAAUGCAGCUGCAGUGAGACGUGAGGACAUCAAUGGUAUUUCGUCGCUAUGUUUUACAAAUAGCGGCGAGGCGUUGUAUAUGAUGUCUUCUUCAGAGUUGCAACGAAUAGCUUUAUCUACCUUCCGAGUUGUACAACCCACAGGUGCAGUUGAGGUCCAACCCAUCGAGAACGAUGACAACGAGUCUACAAUUCAAACUAACGAAGAAGAUAAUAGCGAUAAAGAUGUCGAUUCAAACGAUGAUAGUGCUGGAAACAAUGCCCAUACAAACAUACCUGAACCACCAAUUGCUAAACAACGUGCUAAGGCGCUUGAGCUAAGCUUAGAAAAUAACAGUCUUCCGCUUACUAACGGUUUGAAUAUCAGCAAUUCGCCUAAUCGCGCCAAUGAAACAAUCACCAGUUCUAUCGGUGACAUUACAGUCGACUCUGUGCGGGAUCAUUUGAAUACCACUACAACAACCCUUUGUUCCACAACUACAGAAGAAACUGUCGGUCGUCUGUCAGUGCUUAGCACACAAACAAACCAGACCACAACAAAUGUCAAUAUAAAGGAUAUGCCUAAUAUAAAUAUACCAAAUUUACUAGAUUUGGCUUCAAAAGGCAAUACCACAGAAACAAGCACUAGCUCUGUCGUCAUAAAGUCGGUUAUAACAAGCAUAUCACAUGAAAAGACCAACGGAGAAAAUGAAACUUUGAAGACUAAAACUACAACACACGAAGAAAGCGAAUUUUAGACAAGAUCAUA